AUGAUUCCUCAUCUUGCAGAUGGUGCAGGAUCCCAGGAUCCAGCUGAUUCACAGGUCAAUGGUAAUGUCCAUGCAGGCCGCGCCAAUUCAGAUGAUCCAGGUAAUACCUGUGCUUGCAGUAUGGGAAAUACUGGCAAACACUCCAUAGCCCAAGGAAUUCAUGCAUCGAUCGACUACAAUGACGAGCCGGAUCACUCGGACAACCACACUGACAAGGACCCAGAUGCUAGUUACGACACUGAUUUCUGGUCCGAGGAAGAAUAUGUCGAAGCUACCAAGGAAAUGCAGAAUAUUUGCAAAAACUCGAAGCAUGUUUCGCAGUUUUUGCGUUUUGGUGGCGCUGGUUAUAAUCUCAGUGUCUCUCACCAAUUCGAGAGCAGCUCUGAAGUAGCUCGCUGCGCAGUUCAACCUGGUAACAUUGAUGACUUGAAAAAGAUCAUGAAAGUCUUCAUGACUUAUGAUAAAGUGAAAUUUGCGGUCAAAGGGGGUGGACAUUCCACCAAUCCUGGAUUCAGUUCCACUACAGGCAUCCAAAUCUCCAUGGCCAACUUCAAUGAACUCGAAUAUAACAGCAAAACCCAGAAUCUGCGCAUUGGGGCGGGAUGUCUCUUCGAUGAGGUCUACAAGGAAAUAGCCCAGUAUAAGCGAAACAUCGUCGGCGGGGCCACCGCUGCUGGAGUCGGAGUAGCUGGUUGGCUAUUGGGUGGUGGUUACUCCCUCUUGACCAACCAGCACGGUCUUGGAAUAGACAAUCUAGUCGAGGUUCAAGUCGUCUUGUGCAACGGUGAAUCAGUGAAGGCAUCCGCUGAACGCAAUAGUGACCUUUUCUUUGCUAUAAGAGGGGGCGGAAACAACUUCGGCAUUGUUACUUCGUUCACUGUCAAAACCUAUCCACUUGGGCCUAUCUACCGGAACAUGUUGACGUUUCCAAUAGACAAGGCCGCAAAGGUGAAGGAAGCAAUUAUGAACUUCAUCGAUAAGUGCAAAGACAAGAAGGCAGCGAUCGUUGGUGCAUACAGACAUUUCUGCAUCCGUGGAGAGCGGGAGGACAAGAUUACUGUUGACCUUUUCUAUGACGGGCCGCUUCCUUCUGACAAUCCUUUUGAGGAGCUCCUCGAGCUUUCUGACGAUAAAUGGAUUCAUCACGAGGACCACGACGAAGCGGACAAAAAGCUUGCUGAAAACUUUGCAUUCAUGGACCAGCUUUUUUCCCACAUUCAUGAUCCAUCCCGCGUCUCUGCACCGCCGUCGCACCGUCAAGUUGAUGGGUCACAACUCUCUUUGCAGACGUACGCGAAGAAUCCCCCUAAAUCUGGUGUCGGAGAAGAGAAUGUUAGGGCGCGUUGGGGGACUGUGAUGGUUUCGCACUUCACCCCAAAGCUCUUGGAUGAGAUCGAUGUCCAAUCGAAGCUCGCUGCCAGCAAGCUGAAGGAAUACGAGGGAAAGACAGCCGUCGUCGAUAUUUGGCCAUUCCUACCGUCCAUGUUUGACACAAGCACUUCCGCUGCCUGGCCGCACGAAAGAGGCCGGCCGAAUGGUCCGUUGCUCGCCUGUUUCCAAUGGGAAGGAGAGAGCAACGAUAGUUUCUGGAUCGGGAUGAUGAAGCAGAUCCUGCAGUCUAUUCAAAAGGUGGCGGAGGCAGAGGGGUGCACUAAUGACAAGUUGCCAAAGUAUUGCAACACCUCGCUCGCCGAUACUCCAGUCCAGGACAUCUACAAGGAACAUUUGCCAAAGCUUAUAGCAAUCCGCGCAAAAUACGAUCCUAACAACAUGAUGGGGAGAACUGGUGGAUUUAGAAUUCCUUUGGCGUUGUAG